AUGGCCAGCGAAGUCGACCUCUUCAACGAAUACCCUCUACACCUAGACCCAACCUCCAAAGCAAUCAGCCUCGCCUCUUCCUCCUCCUACAGCAGCGCACAACAAACAGCCCUGAACGCCGAACUACAAGACCUAAACCAGCUGCACCGCGCCCUUCUCGCACUCGAGCCGCCCAACGUCCCACCUCCCCCACUGCCCAUCAACCCGAAGCGCAGCGCCCAGAUCACCAAACUCCGCGACAGCGCCAACACCGCCUACCGCAAGAACAACUACGCCGAAGCAGUCCGGCUGUACACGUACGCCAUCGAGAUGGCGCUCGCCCGGCCCGGGUGGGAGCCUGUCACGCUGGCCCGCGACGAGAUGGCGGGUUUGUAUGCGAACCGCGCGCAGGCGCAGAUGGCGCAGCAGGCUUGGCCUGAAGGGCUGGUUGAUGCUAAGUCUAGUGUUGAUUCUAAGGCGGUGGGCAAUGUUAAGGCUUGGUGGCGUGUUGCGAAGUGUUUGGCCGAGAUGAGUCGGUUGGAAGAGGCGAAGCAGUUUUUAGUGAAGGGGUUGGAGAUCGAGGGGAAGGAUAAAGCUAGAAGACUCGAGCUUUGA